AUGGCCUCAAGAUCGCCUACGCUUCGCGCUGAAUCGGAUCCCUUUGGCCCAGAUGCAGAGAAGCACGCCGGUCCUCUAGAUGGCCCCGCUGCCCGAGGUAACGCACACCCCGAUGUCGAGCCAUCGAAGGAGAAAAGGCGCUCAUCACUGGGCGGUGCGUGGCGACGACAGAGUGUCAAUCAAGAGACGGAUCCCUUCGGAGAUGAGGAAGAGGAAGGAGACGUCAAAUACCGGACUUUGAAGUGGUGGCAAUGCAGUAUGAUCAUGAUCGCCGAGACAAUAUCUCUGGGUAUCCUGUCAUUGCCCUCGGUCCUCGCGACUGUUGGGAUGGUCCCCGGCGCCAUCAUGAUUAUCGGUCUCGGUGUCGUGGCCACCUACUCGGGCUAUGUCAUCGGGCAGUUCAAGGCUGCGCAUCCCUGGGUGCAUAACAUGGCAGACGCAGGCUACGUGCUGUUCAAACCUCUUGGACCGCGCGCAGCCGUCUUUGGCCGCGAGUUCCUCGGCGCCGCCCAGACGAUCUUCCUCGUCUUCAGCAUGGCAAGUCACAUUUUGACGUGGACAAUCUGCCUAAACACCCUGACCAACGGCGCUGCCUGUACAAUUGUAUGGGGCAUCGUUGGCCUGCUUUUGUUCUGGGUAUUUGACAUCCCUCGGACCCUGCUGAAGGUCUCCUGGCUGUCAUGCGCCAGCUUUUUGAGUAUCACCACCGCGGUCAUCGUCACCAUGGCCGGCGCAGGUGCCAGAGAUCCCGCGCAAGGCCACUUCAGAGCGACACAACAAGCCAGCUUUGCGACGGCCUUCCUCAGCGUCACCAACAUUGUCUUUGCUUACGCUGGUCAUGUUGCCUUCUUCAGUUUCAUCUCGGAAAUGAAGAACCCCGAUGACUUUCCGAAGGCGCUGGUCUUGCUGCAGGUCACUGACACGGGAAUGUACUUCGUUGUUGCCAUGGUCGUCUACGCAUAUGGCGGCGACGAAGUUGAUUCGCCCGCUCUGGGGACAGCCGGAACACUUGUUGGCAAAGUCGCCUGGGGCUUGGCUAUUCCGACCAUCAUCAUUGCGGGUGUCAUAUAUGGCCACGUGGCUUCAAAGUACAUCUACGUGCGCAUUUUCCGAGGCACGAAGCACAUGUCCAAGAAGACCCUUCUUGCCGUGGGCAGCUGGCUGGCCAUCACCUUGACACUGUGGGUGGUCGCCUGGAUCAUCGCUGAGUCGAUCCCCAAUUUCAACGAUCUCCUCGCCCUGAUCUCGAGUCUUUUCGCCUCAUGGUUCACCUACGGCAUCUCCGGCAUCUUCUGGUUGUUCCUCAACAAAGGGCAGUACACCAGGGGAUGGAGGAAGACCUGCUUGACUGUUGUCAAUAUCCUGAUGUUCACAUUGGGUGCUGCCAUUUGCGGCAUGGGAUUAUACGCCAGUGGCAAAGCCAUAUCCGAGGAGGGGGGCGGGAGCAGCUGGACGUGCAAGAGCAACGCGCAGUGA